AGAAAGAGUGCUGCGCACAUUUUGACGUAUGAUCAACAAGACCACUGCCUUUCAUAGGGUAGUUUUAUAUGUUUUAUAAAUAAGAUUUUUUUGGUGCUUUUGGCUUUGCGGAAUGAGCAAAUUUAAUUUUGUGACAUUUACAUUGGGUCGCUAGCUCAGUUAGCUAAACUACAACUGCCGGGGCUGUCCUUGAUCCAGUUCAAGUUCAGCUCAAGUUAACAAACGUUCCGUAUGAAUACAACGGUUGUGGUUUCCGUUACGCUAGCGACAUGGCGCGAGAGGCUCUUUACCUGCAGCCCGCCGCGGAGAAGCGGAGCGGGAGUCGCGUGGGCCUCGUAGUCACCGGCGUGCUCGGAGGCUCGCUGGUCGCCCUGUACGCGGUGGCGGCUCCGUUUCUCGCGCCUGCCCUGAGAAAAGUGUGCCUCCCGUUCGUCCCGGCGACCACGGCUCAAGUGGAGAAUGUCCUCGGGGCGCUGCGAGCCAGAUCCGGGACACUGGUGGACAUCGGCAGUGGAGAUGGGAGGAUAGUGAUCGCGGCGGCCAAGCGUGGUUUUCAAGCGUCCGGCUUUGAGCUGAACCCCUGGCUGGUGUGGUACUCUCGCUACAAGGCCAUUAGAGAGGGAGUCCACCGCUCCGCCUCCUUCCACAUCUCGGACUUGUGGAAGGUCAGUUUUGCUGAGUACUCCAAUGUCGUCAUAUUUGGAGUCCCUCAAAUGAUGGAUCAGCUGGAGCUGAAGCUGGCGUGCGAGUUGCCGAGUGCAGCUCAGGUUGUGGCCUGCCGCUUUCCCUUCCCUACUUGGGUCCCUGAACGUACCGUCGGAGAGGGCAUAGACACCGUGUGGGUGUACGACGCCAAGACAUUUACGUCACGCUCGCAACAUGGAACGGCAGGGAAGACAACACCAGAACAUGACAACAAACUAGAUGCACAUGCAUAAAUGGCAACAUCUAGAUCUUGUUGUCGAUUUGUCAUCACACCUUGGAACCCUUGUUCUUUUUUUUUUUUUUAAACCCAUGCAAUUUCUAACCUGGGAUGGACCUGAUACGGCUGGUGGAGACUGUUUACAACUCAAUGUCAAAAGUGUGAGAAUGAAACAAGUUGUGAAAAGAAACUGAUUGACAAUGGCCUCAAUGAGUGAUUACACUGAUGUUGAAGUUC